UCGCCAACAGACUGCAACAGGAGCUCAAAGCCCUGGCCUCGCCUGCAAUGAAGAUCAAGAUCUGGCAUCGCACCUUCUACAACGAGCUCCGAAUCGCCCCUGAGGAACACUCCGUCCUGCGGACUUCACCACUCAACCCCAAGUCCAACAGGGAGAAGAUUACACAGGUGAUGUUCGAGACCUUCAAAUUGCCCGGCAUGUACGUGGCCAUGCAGGCCGUCCUCUCGCUGUACGCCAUAGGUCGCACCACAGGUAUUGUCGUGGGCUCUGGUGACGGCGAAACCCACAUGGUGCCCAUCUACCUGACCGGCUACCUAAUGAAGAUCCUGAGUGAGCGAGGCUACAGCUUCACCACCACCGCUGACCAUGAGGUUGUGCGGGACAUGAAGGAGAAGCUCUGCUAUGUAGCACUGGAUUUCGAGAAGGAGAUGGAGACGGCGGUGACAUCGUCCUCGCUGGACAAAAGCUACGAGCUUCCUGACGGCCAGGUUGUCACCAUCGGCAAUGAGAGGUUCCGAUGCCCUGAGCCACUCUUUAAGCCAAACCUCCUGGGAAUGGAGUCGAGUGGUGUCCACCAGACAGCUUUCGACAGCAUCAUGAAGUGUGACAUGGACACCCGGAAGCACCUGUACGCCAACAUGGUGCUGUCGGGUGGCAGUACCAUGUGCCCUGGGAUUGCCGAGAGGAUGCAGAAGGAGCUCACUGACCUGGCCCCUCCUACUGUGAAGGUCAAGAUCAUCGCCCCCCCGGCGAGGAAGUACUCGGUGUGGAUCGGCGGCUCCAUCCUGGCUUCGCUCGAUACCUUCCAGAAGAUGUGGAUCACCAAGCAGGACUACGACGAGAUCGGCCCCUGUGUCGUCCACCGCAAGUGCUUCUAG